AUGUGUGGAACGAAUGUGGACCUGUCAAACGAAGGGAGCGGGUGUGUCAAUCAGCUUGGUGGGGUGUUUCUGAACGGGAGGCCGCUUCCAGCAUAUAAAAGGAGGAAGAUGAUCGAACUGGCAUCGGAAGGUGUGCGCCCAUGCGAGAUCUCCAGAAUUCUGCAGGUGUCAAAUGGCUGCGUCAGCAAGAUUUUGAGCAGGUACCACAAAACCGGCCUCCUGGACCCGAUGGCGACCGGAGGUAGUAGACCUCGACUCCUCACCCCCGAAGUCAUCUCGAAAAUAAUCGAAUGCAAGACGAAAAACCCAACAAUAUUCGCCUGGGAAAUCAGAAAGAAGCUCGCGGCCGAAAGAAUCUGUAAAUCGGCCAAAGUUCCCAGUGUAUCCUCUGUAAACCGAAUUCUCAGGAAAAUUCAACUCGACUCUGCGAUGUUGAGUGUGGAGAUUUCUGCGCACCACCCCAGAUACCCAGGUCUUCUAGUGGAGACCCCAACGCAGUCAGUAGUGAAGGAGAGGGAGGAGAUGGAGACAGUUGAGGUGAACGAGCUCCAGCCUCCCCGGCCCCCGCAUCGCAACCGCACCACCUUCACCCUGGGGCAGUGCAGAGUGUUAGAGCAAGAAUUCACACAGAGCCACUAUGCAGACAUGUUCACCAGGGAAAAACUGGCAUCUGAGAUACAACUUCCAGAGGACACCAUCAAGGUGUGGUUCUCAAACAGAAGAGCAAAAUGGAGGAGGGAAGCCACGUAUAAGAGCAGUGUCCACGGAGCACAUAGAUAA